GCCCCGCCCCUCGCCGCCGCCGCCGCCUCGCCGGCCAUGAGGCCCCGCCGGCGCCCCAGCGCGGCCCUGCGUCCCGGCUGCUGAGCCUCCGCUCUCCCCUGCCACCACCAUCGCCCUCUCCGCCAUCCCCUCCCCGCCCGGGCGGGGACCCCCCCUUCGCUCCCCUCCCUCCUCACAGCCGCCGCCAUGUUGGGCCGGGAGCCGCAGCGGGGCCGCCACUGAGCCCCGGAGCCUGCGAGGCGGAGGAGGAGGCGGAGGAGGAGGCGGAGGAGGAGCCCGGGGCCCGGCCGCCCCGCAAAGCCCAACCGGCCGGCCGCCCAGCCGCAGCCAUGGCGGAGCAGACCUACUCUUGGGCAUAUUCCCUUGUGGAUUCCAGUCAAGUGUCUACCUUCCUGAUUUCCAUUCUCCUCAUAGUCUACGGCAGUUUCAGGUCUCUUAACAUGGACUUUGAGAAUCAAGACAAAGAGAAAGACAGUAGCAGCACAGCUGGGUCUUUUAAUGGCAACAGCACCAAUAACAGUAUUCAAACCAUAGAUUCUACCCAGGCAUUGUUCCUGCCGAUCGGAGCGUCUGUGUCUCUCCUAGUUAUGUUCUUCUUCUUUGAUUCAGUUCAAGUUGUCUUUACAAUAUGCACAGCAGUCCUUGCAACAAUAGCUUUUGCUUUCCUUCUGCUCCCGAUGUGCCAGUACUUAACACGGCCUUGUUCACCUCAAAACAAGAUUUCCUUUGGCUGCUGCGGGCGUUUCACUGCUGCUGAGCUGCUCUCAUUUUCUCUGUCUGUGAUGCUUGUCCUUAUCUGGGUCCUGACUGGCCACUGGCUCCUUAUGGAUGCUCUGGCUAUGGGCCUGUGUGUUGCAAUGAUAGCCUUUGUUCGGCUGCCCAGCCUGAAGGUUUCCUGCUUGCUACUCUCGGGGUUACUAAUUUAUGAUGUCUUUUGGGUCUUUUUUUCUGCCUACAUCUUUAACAGCAACGUGAUGGUGAAAGUGGCCACACAACCAGCUGAUAAUCCCCUGGAUGUUUUAUCCCGGAAGCUUCACCUGGGACCAAAUGUGGGUAGAGAUGUUCCCCGUCUGUCCCUGCCUGGUAAACUUGUAUUCCCAAGUUCCACAGGCAGCCACUUCUCCAUGCUGGGGAUCGGAGAUAUUGUGAUGCCAGGUCUUCUGCUCUGCUUUGUCCUGCGUUACGAUAACUACAAGAAGCAAGCCAACAGCGAUUCCUGUGGUGCCCCAGGACCAGGGAACAUCUCUGGCCGUAUGCAGAAGGUCUCUUACUUCCACUGCACACUUAUUGGCUAUUUUGUAGGUCUACUAACGGCAACAGUAGCUUCUCGCAUUCACCGGGCAGCCCAGCCUGCCCUCCUCUAUUUGGUACCUUUCACUUUAUUGCCGCUCCUCACCAUGGCCUAUUUAAAGGGUGAUCUACGUCGCAUGUGGUCUGAGCCUUUCCACUCCAAGUCCAGCAGCUCCCGCUUCCUGGAAGUAUGAUGGAACGGAUAGGAAGUGACCUGAACUUCUGCCUUGGUCCUUUUCACUUUAACUCAUGGCUUUGUAGUCUCCUGAAGCUGGACUGGCUGGUGCUUGGGAAGGUACCACUGACGGGACUUGUAUGAAAGGACUUUGCAUUAAAAGGAGGAAAAGUAAAAAGCAAAGAUCCUGGAGCUCUGUGCGGCUCCAUUGUCUCCCUGCAGCUGUGGACCUGGGGACCCUUUGUGCAACUGCAGCCACUUUCCUCUUUUCCUCACUCGGAUGGAUUAGUACCAGACUAUUACCUUUGUGAGAGAGGAAGAGACAGACUUGAAACUGAAAACGGCUUGAAGUCGUUCAAAAACUUGUGAACACUAAAAGAAACCACAGUGAAGCAACUGAAGCUUCUCCAGAGAACCCCUCGUGGACACUGGGACCAGUUUCCUGCUGGACUUUGGGUUUGAAAAGAACUGCGACAGAAACUCUUCUGUCACCAUACUGGGUUUUUUUGAUCUAUUAAAUAUUUCCUGUGGUGUGAGGUUACUUAUUAAAUCCACAGACAUGGAGUGACUUCUUGCAGUAUACAUAUAAAACUUUGUUGUAACAAGUUACAUUUCCACCCAGAUGUCAUGUUUGCAGUGAAAAAGGGCACGAUUUUUAUACAUAUAUAUAUACACACAUAUAGAUAUAUAUAUGAAUAAAUAAAAAGGAAAACCUGCUAAGAUCAUGCUAUGUAGCAGACAGGGGCUUGCUGUAAUUUUUAGCAUGUAGAGCAGUUUACUCUGGCUUUCUUGUCUAUGGAUCUCCGAUGAGCUGCUGUUCCCCCCUCCCUACAACUGAACCUGCAGUUCCAAACCCAGUGUAGUGUUUGUACCGGUUGUACUCAUGGACUCCAGGGGAUAUUUGAUUUUGAUCAAUGUAGCAAACCAGGGAAGCGAAACUUUCAAACCCAGCCCUGUUGGGGGGGGGGGGGGUGGUUUUUUCCUUUUGUUUUCUUUUUCCAUGUUUCUGUUUCUGCCACCGACCCCGUGCAGGUUUUUGGUAGCUUCCUCCUGCCCCGGUGCAUGUAUUAUAGCAGCAGUCGUCUUUGUGCUUUCUCAUCCUAGUGAUGUAUCACUUGUAAAUACAUCUUUUCUAUUUUCUA